UAAAACGCUCCAAAAAAUACGCGAAAAGUACCGAAAUGGCAACACUGCUAACUGGUGCUUCAGAAUUAAACACACUGCCGAAAGGCAAAAGAGAGUUCGCAACAAGUGGUUAUGACAUAUUUCAUUCCCUUUCAUUGAUUUCAGUUUUAGAAUGUUUGAUAGUUAUUAUUUUGUUUACAAUCAUAAUCUUGAGUUUGCCUUUUCAACAAAAUAUUACUCAUCCCAAAAAUGCACAGAAGUGGGAAAGAGGCAAAAGUUUUGACUGGCAUGUCGAAAAUGAUUUACAUGCUGGGUCAAAGGUGACCCUAUGUAUAAAACCCAAUGGAAACCAUGUUCAUUGGCAUAAAAACAAUUCAGAAGUUGUUCCAUGCCAUCUAGAUUUUUCAAAGGCGACUGAAAAUGAAGACUACAACAUAAAACCCAAUGAAAAACUAGUAUAUCUGGAUACAAAAAUUCCAGAAGUUGUUGUUCCAAACUAUCUAGAUUUUUUAAACGAUUUAAAGUCAAAGGUGACUGAAAUUGAAAACUACAAAAUAAAAUCCAACGAAAACCAUAUACAUUUGCAUGUCGAAAUUCCAGAAGUUGUUAUUCAAAGCCAUCUAGAUUUUUUAAAUGCUAAACAUGACGCUGGACUGGAUCAAAGCCAUCUAGAUUUUUCAAAUGCUAAACAUGACACUGGACUGGAGUUUGUUAUUGCAGCUGAUCAAUCGAAUACGCAUGCAAGAGAAACCAAAGAGGUGCACACAAACUGGUUUCCAGAAAUGCUUGUUAAAAUCCAUCUAAAUCCAUCAAAUGCAAAACAACAUGACGCUGGACAGGAGUUACUUAUUGAUGCCGAUCAACCGAAGACUAACGCGUUUGAGGAGCACAAAAAACCGAAAAUGAAGUUUCUCAAAAAAUGUAGUAGCUACAUGUCUCGUCAAUUUCCACGCUAUAAAAAAUUAAUCAAAAAAACUAUUUUAAAAGCCAUUUUAUCCGCAUUUUUUGGCUACAUUUUCAAAGCUGCUUUUACCCUAAUUUUUUAUUAAUUUUAUGCAUACAUUUAUAUCUCUUUUUAUUCAAAAUAUUAAAUUAUAUUCAUAAUAUUAAACUACUAACUAUAUAUUUUAACAUAGUAGGUCUUAUCCAUAAACCUUUGGAUAAACCUUAUAUCACAUUUAAUCAAAAUAUUCGACUACUAACAACCCACAAAAACUCGGUAAUGACAUGUACUUACACAACCGCUACAGGUUUUAAUUUUCGGAAGGAGAACAAAAUUAUGUAUGUAAUUCACAAGACCAACAGCUAAUCCAUAGUGCAUCCUCAGAGAGUUACAAUUUUCCGGUACCAAUGACUCCAAUCUCGUAUAUUUUCACCAUACUUCACUAUUAAAUCGUUAGCGUGAUAAUGCAACUCUUUCUCAGUUCAUACUUUUCCAAUUCUAGACAUUUGUUCAGUGAGCUGGUCACCAUAGAGCCUUUGUUUGUAUAUAUCGAGUUGCAUUGUUGCAAAGUGUAUCCGAUUCGACUUUAAAUGUAUACCUUAUAUUUCUAUAGACGGAGUCAAGACCAGGAUAUACAUCCGUACAAGCUAUGUUCAAGUCCAUAUCUGCUUCGGCUUGUGCAAUUUCAUUUCCAUGUUUAUUAUUAUGACCAGGUACCCUUGCUGCUUCGCCCACUGCGACAUUAAUUUUUUAGUCUUUGUUUAAUACACAAUUUUUCACAAAAAUUCACCCCUACCUAUUCCAUUAUCAUUCUUAGAUUCUUCUUGAUUAUAAACUAAAAUGGAUACCGAAUCUAAAUGAGAGGGACUAUGCUGCUAUGUACUCAUGUCACUACUACAUAACGUCCGUCUGCAUUACUUUUAAGUGCUCUUAUAAUGACAUACAUCUAAUCAGACAAAUAAGUACGUUAUUUAGUAAGACCGCGAAAUAACGAACAACAUGUCCAGGUUCGUAUUCUGUGUCUUCUGUAUCUUCUUUUAACUGCCUAACUGUAAGUACUUAUUUAUGUAGUUAUUUGUAAGCGUGGUAAGGACUUGCCUCCAAUAUCAUCACCGUAUUAAAAUAAUGUGUUUAAAUGCUAAUAAAUAAUUAGUGAAAAACGGCUGUUUUAGCUUUUUAACUCAUUAUUUUUCAAUGUAAGUUUUUGCUGGGAAUCCUUAUAA